AUGGCAAGCGGUGACCAUCAAUCCUACCUGAAGGCAGUCAAGUGCCUUAUGCAGCUGCCUGCUCAGACAGGCAUAGAGGGUACAGUCACAAGGUUUGACGAUAUGAAUGCCAUGCAUCAGGUGCAGGCGAAAACAAUUCAUCUUGUUGCCCAAUUCCUUCCAUUUCACCGUCUCUAUAUACAUAUAUAUGAGCAGCUCUUGAGAGACGAGUGCGGCUACAAGGCACCAACGCCGUGGUGGGACGAAACGCGUGAUGCGGGCAAUUUCAUGGACUCGCCGCUUCUUGAUCCCGAGACAGGAUUCGGAGGAAACGGCACCGGUCCGGAUAAUUGUGUUACUGAUGGUCCUUUCGAAAAUACCACUCUCCUCAUUGGUCCCGGCCAAACUUUGACUGAUCAUUGCUUAUCCCGCAAAGUCAAUGAGAUUAAUAGCACCCUCGGUAACGAAACCUAUGUUCAAGAAUGCCAUGAUAAGAGCACCUACCUCAAUUUCUGGGAAUCAACUGGUUUCACAACCUACGGCGCCGGUAACAGUGGAGUCGGAGGAGUUAUGGAGGAUAUCGAUGCAAGCCCUGGUGACCCGCUGUUUUAUAUUCAUCACGGUUUCAUCGAUCGCCUUUGGUGGAAGUGGCAGUCCGAAGACCCUGACAGUCGCUUAUAUCAACUGGGAGGCCCUUGUGUCCAGGGCGGAACUGAAGAGACAACUCUGGACUGCAUUAUGACUACCUACGGCAUUCGCCCUAAUGUUACUGUCAAGGAGGUCAUGGAUAUUCAAGGCGGAUUUCUUUGCUAUAAAUAUGACUACUAA